AGUACUCAUGGUAUUUUCUUUCUCAACAUCACUGGUACCAGCUCAGUCUUGGAGCCCAUCACCAAAUAUUGGGCUCUGCCUCCCUUUAACGGAAUGGACAGGGACAGCAGAGCUCCUGAGGAGACUGUUGGGUGGGGGAAAAGGGUGGAAUAAAGGGAACCACAGAGGUUUCGGGCCAGCACCUUGUAGGCAUCAUUUACACCUGCGGAAAAUUAGUUAAAACACUACUGUCCAUGACGUUUCUGAGGUUGCCUAGUGAUCAAAAUUAUCUGACAGAUCUUAAACAGAUUGAGGUGUGAUUCUGAGGUGAACACUCACAUUCUUUAGUCAAAUCAGUAUAGUAUUUAUAUUCUCACUGCUGAAGAGUAAAAGAUAACUUAUUUGGAUAGCUAUUAUCCCAAUUCUAUAGCUGUGGUACUCAAAUAAUAGAUAAAGGAAGAAGACGACUUUAUCAUUUUUAAUUGUGAAGAUAAGGAGCUCACUUAUGAAGUGGCACUGAAAGAAAAACCUCAAUAGCAAAAGUCACCUCAUGAUGAAUUAUUCAACUGAGUCGAAUCUUCUCUCUACUUUUUAUGAUGAUUAUCCUGACUUGGGCUCUGUCUGCAGCACACAGAAUAUCAAGACCUUUGGAUCAGUAUUUUUUCCAAUUCUUUAUUGUGUGGUGUUUGUAUUCGGCCUGGUGGGAAACAGCUUGGUCAUUUGCGUUCUGAUGGUUUGCAAGAAACUGACCAGCAUGACUGAUGUGUAUUUGCUGAACCUCGCCAUCUCUGACCUGCUUUUCGUUUUCUCCCUCCCCUUCCUGGCUCAUUAUGCUUCAGGCCAAUGGACUUUUGGAAAUGUAAUGUGUAAAACAGUAUGUGGAGUUUACUACAUUGGCUUCUACAGCAGCAUAUUCUUCAUAACCCUCAUGAGCAUAGACAGGUACUUAGCCAUCGUCCAUGCUGUGCAUGCUCAGAAAGUUCGAACAACCAUGCUCAGCAUUGUUAUAAGCCUUGCUGUUUGGUCAGUGGCCAUUUUCGCUUCUAUACCAAGUAUUUUCUUUAUCCAAGAACUGAAUGAAAAUGACAUUGUAAAGUGUGCUCCUUAUUACCAGGAUAAUAGGACUGCUUGGAAACUUUUAACCAAUUCUAAAGUCAAUGUUUUGGGUCUCUUGAUCCCGCUUGGCAUUCUCAUUUUCUGCUACUCCCACAUCUUGAAAAAUCUGCAGAGAUGCAUGAACCGAAACAAGUAUAAAGCAAUGAAGCUGGUUUUUGUUGUUGUGGUUGUGUUUUUCCUCUUCUGGGUACCCUUCAACAUUGCACUUUUUCUGGACUCUUUGCGAAGCCUGCACAUCAUAGAUGACUGCGAGACAAGCAAAAGCCUAGACCUGGCCCUGCAGGUGACUGAAACCAUCUCCUUCAUCCACUGCUGCCUGAAUCCAGUGAUCUAUGCUUUUGUGGGUGAAAAGUUCAAGAAAUACCUUCAUGAAAUGUUCAGAAAACAUGCAAGAUUCUUAUUGAUUUGCAAAGACCACAAUGUCUUUCAGAGUCACUAUAGUACCUCUUUCAUGCGCACCCAGUCCUCACAUUCUUCUGUGAUUGACCCUGUCAUGUAAAAUAGAAUGGGCCAAAUACAAUCAUUCAAGCAUGCAUUUGGUGUAUUAUAAGUAUCAGUGACUUUGAAAGUAAAUACUUCAGGCAGCUCAGUAAAUACAUUACUUCACAUUGUAGUUGGGAGAACUUAGUUUUCAAUUAAAGCUCUCUAUUACCCUAGUAAUGACUGUGGUAUAAAAGCUCAGACAAUGUUAUAAUUUUAGUGUCCUUAAAUGUAUUAAAUUGAGCUUCAUAUAUAUAAUAUGCUACCUUACAAGGAGAACCAGGCUGUUAUCAAUAUUAUUAUUAAUCCCUUACUCAAGUGCUCAGGGACCUAUGGACAUGUAUAAGACAUGUAACUAUCAACCUCAUUUCUGAGCUUGGUUUUGUAGUGUAAUUUCAAUUAUCCAAAUUCCCUUUAUCCAAAAAUCCUAAUUACCCAAAUCUACAGUGUGUCCAUCUGGUAGCCUUGUGUUAGUUCAUCACACACACAUCUUCUCAAUUAGCCUCUUUGCACCUGUAAGCUCUAAUCAACAGAUUUUUAUUUUGUAUAGCAGGUCUCAAUAAAGUUUUUUUUUACUCUUUUUAAUAAAGUACAAAGUAUGAUGCUAACAUCACCAUUACUCCCUCUGUUCCCUGUAUUUCUGUAUCAGUGACAGGGCACCUCAAAAUAGCACUUCCAUUUAUCCUAACACCUGCUUAGUCAAAAGAUUGAGAUAUUCCGCAAACCACUGGAAUUUAACAGUAAUGCAUGUUGUCACUGGUGGUUAAAAAAAAACAAAAACAAACAGUUUCCUGAUGUAUACUGCUUUUUUCUGGUUGAGUUUAAUAGCCGCUCUUCUUAAA